AUGGCGCUCCUCUCCAGCCCGAUGGAUUGGGAGCCAACUCAUCGCGGCGACUACACGCCGGCCUGGCAGCCGCCAAUGUCAGGUCGGUGUGUGGCCGUCGCGAAUGAGCGCGACCAUCCAGACUGGGUGCCCCCGAUGCCAGGGGCAUUUGUCGACACACCACCUCGUCGUAACGAGGUUGGUCUUCGAUGCGGCGGGGGUUUUCAUUCCCCCAGUCGCAAGCGCACCGCUGAACGUGCGCAAUUCGAGGACCAUCCUCAAUACGUCGAGGGGUCGGCAGGUGUCCCUGGCAUCCAGCCGAUUAUUGACGGCCCCGCGACGAUGAAACUGCGGUACUUCAUCACCGCAGUGUGCUGGUUUGCCGGGAUCACCUGGGCUUCGGCCCAGUGGACAUUCCGGAAAGCGCGUCGGGUCCAAGUCACAGAGAUCCGGCGCGUCGCCGCUGAUGGAUAUAUGUCCAUCAAGCGUCGGGCAACGGAGGUCAUGGGACCGUCUGCUCCGACAGUUGAGGAGCUUACCCAUCAGCGGCGGGCGCAAACAGCUCCACGACAAUCUCUGCGCCAGCUUCCCCGAAAUCUCCGUCGAUCCCAGCGAGAACCAACAAAUAUUCCAGCUUCUGCGCAGUUCCGCAGUGGCAAAUCAUCAAGGGAACACACUGCUCCUCAAAAUACAACCGGUGCCCAACCAUUGGGACCGCCCAGCCCCCCCGCAUCUCCUCUAAUGGCCGCCGGCAUGCCCAUCCUGGACACUCAAGCACCAGCGAUGGAUCGGUCUCUGCGCGUCGACGACAUGCCCGACGAAGAUAGUUUUGAAGAGAGAAGGAAAGAGUCACGGCUCUAUCUCGAAAGAAAUCGGCCAAAGAGCCUUGACGAGAUGAUAGCCCUGGAGAAUGCCAGGAAGAGACGAACCCAUGACGAGAUGGCUCAGAAGCAAGUGGAGGAGGAGAAGUUACAGAAGACGGCCCGGAAGGAUUUCGAGCGGAUAGCCAGCGUAAAAGCCCAACAAGAGGCCGCCAAGGAGGCGGAGAGACUGGUACAGGAAAUGGCGCGGCCGACUACCCGGCAACGAGCCAGUCUAGCGAAGACACUGACACGACCAAGGGUACAGCUAGCUUCCCCACAGAGUUCCGAACAGGAGGCCGAAGAUGAGGCAGAGAGUUCCGAAGGGGCCGAACAGGGGGCCGGAUAUGGGGCACAGACACCAGCACAGCGAUUGGCGCGGACGAUUGGCAAGCAACAGGCGAACAAGCCAGAGAAACUAGCACAGCAAGCGGUCCGGUCGAUUUUGAAGCGCAAUCACCAGCAUGAGGCUCAAGAUGAGCCUUUACCAUCGAUACAGGUGCCGAUGGCGCCUUCUGAAGAAGUUCAAAAAGCUCGGGAUGAGAGCUAUGUUGAUUAUUUCCUCAUGCCCGAAGUAUAUGAAGAAGCGAAGGUUCUGGAGGCCGGGGUCCAGGUUGGUUUGAAGAGCCUUGCCUUGGAAUCGUCCAGUGAACAUGCGGAAUGGAAGACUGAAGAUGACAAAAGGAGGAAGAAGGCGUUCGAAGAUUAUACUCGGAUGGCCGCCGAAGAACUGGCCAGGGCUCAAGCAGUAGCAGAGAAAUUGGCUAGAGAGAUUGCAGAAGAAGAGGCUGCUCGAGAACCACAUACAGGGCGUCGUCGACUACAGACGAAGCUGGUUCAACUCAGCGACGAGUGGCAGGUCAAGGUUGACCAAGCUAUGAGGAAAGGGGAGGGAGUUACUCUGGCGACCACUUUAGACGGGACACAGCUGGUGAAGAGAGACUUUAUCACAGCCCUCGGCCAUGCAGCUUGGUUGAACGACAAUAUCAUAAAUUCAUACGUGGACAUGGUGGUUGAACACGCAAACAAGAAAGCUGGAAGAAACCAGCGUGACAAAACCCCGAAGGUUGUCGCACAGAGUUCAUUCUUCUACAAGAAGAUCCGUGACGACGGGCCCCAAUCCGUAUCUCGCUGGAUGAGACGGAAGCGGGCUGCAGGGAAGAACUUACUGGACGUUGAGACGAUGUUGAUACCGGUGAACAACGCCUCUCACUGGACAAUGAUUGUCGUCUCCCCGAGAGCCCGCACAAUCGAAUACCUCGACUCUUUUGGCGGGUCCAAAGACGUCUUUAUACGCAACACAAAGGCGUGGCUGGCGAUAGAGCUGGGCUCUGCGUGGAAUGAGGACGACUGGCGCGUCCUUAACACACAGUCUGCCAGUCAGCAUAAUGGAUAUGAUUGUGGGGUGUUUGCGGUUACCAAUGCUGAGUGCGUCGUGGGUGGGGUCACCACCACCAGCUAUGAUGGCGAUGAUAUGACCAUGCAGCGCCGUCGGAUCGCGGCUGUGUUAUUAAAUGGGGGGUUUGGCGGGGAUCUGGAGGCGGCGGAGGAUAUGUGA